AUGAGUGGCAGUGAAGCAAUGACUAAACGUACAUUAAUAGCAGCUAUAGCUGAUGAAGAUACAAUAACAGGUUUACUUCUAGCUGGAAUUGGUCGAAUAACAACUGAUCAAGCAACAGCCACUAAAGAAACAAAUUUUUUAACUGUUAUACCUGGUAAAACAAAAGUUGAAGAAAUUGAACAAGCUUUUGAUAAGUUUACAAAUGAAAGAAAAGAUAUUGCUAUAUUAUUGAUUAAUCAACAUUUAGCUGAUGAAAUAAGAUUUAGAGUUGAUAAUUAUACAAACGCAUUUCCUGCAAUCUUGGAAAUUCCAUCAAAAGAUCAUCCUUAUGAUCCUGAAAAAGAUUCAAUUUUGAAAAAAGUAAGAAGAUUAUUUGGAGAGUAA